AUGGUGAGUGAAGAAAUUUAUUUGUUUAGAAUAAAAUAAUAUAUUUAUUUUUUAUUUUUCUAGUUAAAUUUUCAAUAAAAACUUAUUGAAAUUCAGUUGACAUUAUGUAUCCAGUCAGCAGAAUUUCAAUACAUAGAUUAGCAAUAUUUAUUCAUUAAAUAAAUAGAAAAGAAAUAAAAAUGUAAUAGGAAGGAAAUUUAUUAAGAUUUAUACAGUCUCAUUAUUAUUCCAUAUCACUUGGGUAUUAUUCAAGUCUAGUCAAACUCUAAUCUACCUUCUAAGAAAAUUUUGGCAUGA